AGCGUUUCGCGGCCGUGAUCAUGCGUAUCCGAGAGCCGAAGACGACUGCUUUGAUCUUCGCCUCCGGCAAGAUGGUGGUAACUGGUGCCAAGUCGGAAGAUGAUUCUAAGCUGGCGUCCAGAAAAUACGCCCGUAUCAUUCAGAAGCUCGGCUUCAACGCCAAGUUUACGGAUUUCAAAAUCCAGAACAUCGUCGGUUCCUGCGACAUCAAGUUCCCGAUCCGCCUGGAGGGCUUGGCUAGUCGCCACCACAACUUCAGUUCUUACGAACCCGAACUGUUCCCUGGUCUCAUCUAUCGCAUGAUGAAGCCCAAGAUCGUGCUCCUGAUUUUCGUCAGUGGCAAGAUUGUCCUCACCGGUGCUAAAGUCCGUGAGGAGAUCUAUCAGGCUUUCGAGCUGAUCUAUCCUGUGCUUUCGGAUUUCCGUAAAGUUUAAAAACGGCCUUUCGGCUCGAACCAGGAAGAUCACGCCGUCGCCAUUCUUCCACCUUUCAUCGAUCUGUAUUAACAAAACCUUUUUUUUUUUUUUUUU